UUCUGAAAUCACCGUACUUCGGAUCUAAAUUUCUGCAUUUCAGUAUGAAAACACUUUAUUUCUUCUUGCUCUACGUUGCAACUGCAGAGUCAAUAAGUUAUCAAGAGCGUUGCCAUACAGAAAACUUGGAUUAUUGUAUCGCUCCAUUUUUGCUUUCGAUGAGAAAUUUCAUACCCGCUAACCAAAAUGAAUUGGAUAACUUUUGCAGACAAUUGAAUAGAACAUGGAAUUGUACCGAUAACUUCAUGCAGAAUUGUUUUACUAUGCUUGAUCAACAAAUAUUCGGCUUGUUAUCCGGAAAAGUUCGCAUACGGAUGGAAGAAUUUUGCAAUUCUAGAAGCACGUUACAAAAACAAUUCGUGAAAGAAAGCCGCUGCAUGUCAGAAGUAUCCAAAGAUUCGUUUGUAAAGUGCAGAAAAAAUUUAAAAAAUCUUAUAUUUAUGCUAACAGGAGACAAUGUAGAUGAGAGAAUACCUGCUGGUUGUUGUUUAUUCAAUCAGUACUACGAUUGUUUUCUUCAAAAAAUGGGAAAAUCGUGUGGAAACGAAUCCUUGAAGAUAUUCUCAGAAAUAUCCGAAACCGUAGCUGUGAAUUAUAUUCGAAAUUUCUGCUCUUCCUAUGAUUCUUCCAGCGAUAUUUGUGCAGAUUUAUUUGGAAGAAAAUCGGUAGAACCUUCUAAGAAGAACUCUUAUCUUGUUAGAUUGAUACUGACUUGGUUCAGAUAAUCAAUCCCUUUUUCAUGUUAUAGUUAUUAACUUCCAAUUUAA